CACACACAUAAACAUACACACACGCGUGUAUGUACACUAAUGCGCGCAGACGUAAUCAGUCAAAGUAGCGGUAUGGGGGAAGAUGCCGGUGCCGAUGGCGGUGAGUAUUUAGGAUAUACCUUGUUGUAAGCGAGACUCCGUCUCGACGUCAUCAGCGCGUGUCUUAACUGCUGCCGAGAAUGCUGCAGUUGUUAUUGUUGUGAGAAAACGCAGUUGAUUUGUUCCUGCUGCACUCAUGCUGCUGCACUUGCUGUCGUUGCCGCUGCUGCUAUCGUUAUUACCGUCACUACAGCUGUUUGCGCUUCUUCUCCUGCUGCUGCUGCUGCGGUUACAGUACGUAGAACGAGCGAGUAACCAGAUGCAAAUAUUCUCUAUCAGAAUAAGAUGACAAUUCUUCGAACGUAUACUUAAAAAAAAGAAAAAAAAACCCCCCCAAAACCAACAAAACGGAAUAGAAAAUAACUUUAAAUCCUUAAGAAAUUGAUUUCAGUCUUAAUUAUUGUUAUUAUUAUUAUAACCAUCAAGUUUCUUUUCAUUAACUGAAAUCUCAAUUAUUGGACACAAAUCUCAUGGAUUAAUCUGAAAAAAUCAACAGCAAUCAAAGAGAAUACAAAUUACAAGCAAACAAAAUUUGUCCAGUGUUUUUUCUCUUUUUCUUCCCAACCAAAAAAAAAAAAAAGAAAUAAAAAAAAUUCUGUAGACAUAUUCUUCCAAAUAUAGAAUCGUGUCACAGAAAAUGUUUCGGUUACGGCCAUUUUUCUUUCUGAUAUUAUUUUUGUUAUUAUUAGAUAAUUCACUCAACUAUUAAUUAUGAAUUUGUUCCAAGUGUAAAUAUAGACAUUUCGUGGUGAUGUUGUUGGUAUACAAGGAAUAACUCAAGUAUUGGCGAUCAUUUUGUUUUUCAAGUUUCGGUUUACAUAUUUUCAUUUUUUUCCAUUUUUUUGUUAAUUGGUCGAUCAAUCAAUAAAUGCUUAAAUACAUAAAUCAACUAAUCAGUCAAGUUAAUAAAUCAAUUUGUUGGAACUUAAAUAAAACAAAACUACUAACAACUUACAAGUCUAAAGUUUCCUGUUGUUAAGCAGAGAAUCUAACGAAAUAUUGAAAAGUCGUCGAAGACAACAUAACUGCUAACACCGCUAUCACAAUUCAUAUAACUGCAACUUUUGUUUGGAUUUAAAGAGGCGAAACUACAAACUCACCAAAGAAAAGAGCAUGAUAUUCUUAAACGUUAGUACAACCACCUCUUCGGUGUUGCCAAGCUUAAGCACGGAACCACUGGAAAUAGAGGAUAAGAGCAAUGAUAGCGAGGAUUAUAUCUACAUUUACGACUAUAAUACUUCUGUUAACCAUUUACCACUGAAGGAGUUGAUUCCUGUCUCUCUUAUAUACGGACUGGUCUACGUGUUCGGUCUGUUUGGCAACUUCCUGGUUAUAUUUACCAUUCUGAAGUACCGUCACAUGAGGAACAUUACAAAUGUCUUUCUGCUCAGCCUGUCUUCUGCCGAUCUGCUGGUUAUCUUAAUCUGUGUACCUGUUAAGUGCGCAAUGUUUUUUACGUUUACCUGGAAACUCGGUGAAUUUAUAUGCAAACUGGCAUAUUACAUGCAGAACGUAUCCAUGAUCUGUUCUGUAUUGACACUUACGGCUCUUUGCCUGGAAAGGUAUAUGGCUAUAUUGCAUCCACUGCAGUCGAAAUACUUGUGUACGAUAUCUCAUGCAAGAAUAGUAAUUACAAUUGUAUGGUUCUUGUCUUUUGUACUCGCAAUUCCCAUCUUGAAAGGAAGGAAACAUAUUGAAGUGGGAAUAACUCGCAAAGGCUUCUGGUGUGUCAAGGAAUGGGACAAACCAAUUUACUCGAUCCUUUAUGAAUUAUAUAUGCUGGUUCUAAUGUUUAUAUUACCAGUAGGUGUGAUGGUAGUGGCCUAUGCCAGUAUAGGUUACGAACUCUGGAAGGUUGCCAAUUUAAGAGCUUCAAUGAGGGCUGGAAGCGAGAAUCAACAAUUAACAGAAGUAUCAUCGCAGAGAAGUGUCGCUCCCAUUGUUCGUAAGCCGAAUACAAUGUACAAGGAACAGAAAAAGACAACAGCAGAAGACGACAACACAACUAAACAGGUUGUUCAAAUGUUGGUUACGGUUGUACUACUUUUUGCGAUUUGCUGGGGCCCGAUUUUGAUCCAGAAUGUUUUAACUGCCUUUGAUGUGAUUGAUUCCUUACAUAUUGGUUGGUUGAAACCAAUGAGACAAGCAUUUUUCAUCAUGUCGUAUCUAAACAGUUGUGUAAAUCCUGUCGUGUAUGCGUUCAUGUCGAAAAACUUCCGGGAAAUGUUUAAACUGGCAAUUUGUUCCUGUAUACGAGGCAGCAAAUAUGUCCGUCAUUAUAAAUAUAACCGUGCUGUCUCAUUCGACACGCGUACGAGUGCUUUUAGUCAAACUCGGAGCGUUACAAUGGAUGUCAAAACCGAUGAUGACGUAGAAUAUAACGAAAAUCGUCUGAAUGUUAUAAAUAGGGGUUACAACUCCUCACCAAGAGGGAGCCGAGAUGAAAUGAUGGAAUUGCGACAAGGCAUGUUGGCCAGUCCUGUAUCAUCACCAAAGUUCCAAGAUCAGAACAGUAAUGCCGAUACUAAACUUUCAGAGACAUGUCAACUGUAAAAAAAGAGAGAAAAAAAACAACAACCGAAAGUAAACGAUUCCUGGUUUUUAUACAGAGGGAAUACAACCAUUAUUUCUUUGUCGCAAAGCAAUGAAUGCAGUUGUAUUCGUCUAUCAUACCGUUUCGAGAAUUGUCAUCACCUAUAUUCUGUUUAACCGUCGUAUCAGUUGGUAUUCGGUUUCAUUAUCAGUCAUGAAAAAUUGCCAAGGCAAGACGGAUGAAUAGUCAUCUAAGCCAUCUAACAUGGUUGUGCGAUUGAGCUCACGAAACUGAAUAAUGUGUGAGGUUAACACAACUGCUAUCAAGUAUUUGGUUGCGUACAUUUUGUUUGUGUCUCUAGUAUACAUUAAGAGAAGAGGCACAUGGAAGAUAUCAAAUGAAGCGCUGUGCGGGGAAAAGCAAAAUGGAACGUCAAGAAAAUUAAAAGUAAAAUCAACAAAAAUAUAGCAAAAAUAUGAUUUGUACGGAGAAACGUUGCAAUGUUUUUCUAAAAAAAUUUUGAAUCAGUGAAAACAAAGAUAUAUUUCCGGCAACAGCUUUUUAAGGAAUAACGUUCCUCGAGAUAUGUAUGUCAACCUUCUACUUCGGCACUUGGAAAUGAUUUGGAAACUAAAGAAAUAAAAUAACAAAAAUCAAUAAAAAGCGUUUUUUUUUCUCUCAUAGCAGAGAUAAUUGUCAAGUCAAGUGGGAGGAAUAUCCAUGUUGAUCUAAAUGGGAAUAAUACGAACUCCGUACUGUGAAUAUAUUCGGAAAUAACGAAGGAAAGAAAAAGACAAAAAAAAAAAAGCAAAAGAGAAGUAAACAAUAAAUUAAUCAAAUAUAAAAAUCAAAGCAGAUUCCUAAAAGUAUAUAUAUUUAUAUAAUGGCAGCAAGUAACAAAAUGAAAAAGAAAAGCAGACGCAAGAAAGAAAGAAUCAUUAUUGAAGUUUAUAAAGUUCAAUAAUAUUACAUUUUGUUUUAUCAGGACAUAUUUUACUUGAGCGCAUAUGUAUAUAUAUAUAUAUAUUAUAUAUAUAUACAUGCAGAUACAUGUAUACAUAUAGAUGUAUUUACACACACACAUAUACAUAUAUUUAUAAAUAUAUAUAUAUAUAUAUAUGUGCAUAUGCAUAUAUACUUAUAUAUAUAUUAUGCAUCAGAUUGUGUGUGUGUCUGUGAUUAUGUGUAUAUACGUAUAUAUAAUUUGUACAUUGUAUUCACACGUAAAUAUUACAGUUUUAUGCAGAUUAUUCGAGGGGAGAUUUGUAAUUCUUUGGUAGUUAGAUAUAUAUCUACAUAUCUGUUGAUGAAAGUGUGUGCGUGUAUAUAUAUAUAUAUAUAUAUAUAUAUGUGUGUGUGUGUGUGUGUGUGUGUGUGUG